AUGGCAAUCAACCAAUCCAAUUUUCAGCAAACUACACAAGCUGCCAUCUCCAAAUUGGAAGUCCAAUUAGGCCAAAUAGCUGCUGAAAUAACUCAAAGAGUGCCUGGGAAAUGGCCAAGCCAAACUGAGAUCAAUCCAAAGAACCCAGAAGCCAAGGCCAUUCAUGUGCUCAGAUCAGGUAAGAUCAUUGAUAAUAAAGAUGAUUCUAAUCUUUCAAAUGAUGUUGUGAUUAUAGAAAAUGAAGAGGAGGAGACCAUGGCCACGGAAGGAGAACAACUCAAAACUUCUCAAUCUGCUCCUAAGGCCAAAUCAGAUUCUCAGAAAUCCGAUCAAUUCCAAUUGCAUAAAAGAGAUGACAAAUUUGUGCCACCACAUCUUCAAGAAAGCAAAGCAAGAUUCCAUUUCCAGAUUCCUGCAUAUGGAAAAUUCAUCAAGGACUUGAAAACUCACAAACUCAAUUUCGCUCCAAAUGAAGGAGUAAAGCUCGACCAGAAUGUAAGUGCUGUAUUGCAAAGGAAGCUUCCACCAAAACUAGAUGAUCCUGGCAGCUUUGACAUUCCCAUUAACAUUGGAGGCAAGAAGGUUGGAAGAGCCAUAUUGGACUUGGGAGCAAGCAUCAAUGUUUUGCCAUAUUCAGUUUAUCAAGAGCUUGGCUUAGAAGGGAUGAAGAAGACUUCAAUGCGACUUGAACUAGCUGAUCAUUCUAUAAAAUAUCCAAAAGGUAUUGUAGAAGAUAUUCUAGUUCAAGUUAAUACACUAAUUCUCCCUGCUGAUUUUGUAGUGAUGGACAUGGAAGACAAUCCAAAUGGAGAUCAUGUUGAUCCCAUUCUCCUAGGCAGGCCAUUCAUGGCCACUGCAGACACAAUCAUCAAAGUGAAAGAUAGCACCCUCUCCAUGACUGUUUUGGGUGAAACUGUUGAAUUUAAAAUGCUUAAUGCUCUAUCUCAACCUUCUAUCUCUCUUGAUUCUUGCUUUUCAAUUGAUGUUGUGGAUCAUGAGGUUUCUUCCAAAAUUUUGCACAGAAAGUCUAAUGAUGCUCUAGAAGCUGUCUUAACACAAGAAGAGGAAGAUCUUUGUGAACCGGAGUUCCAAGAAGUGGUGGCUGCCUUAGAAGUGUUUCAACCAUACCCACCAUCCUUUAGGCCACCACUUGAGCCUCUUGGACCAUCAUCCACGAAAUUGGAGCCAUCCAUUAUCACCCCACCAAAGCUAGAACUUAAACCACUGCCCAAUCAUCUUAAAUAUACUUAUUUGGGUGCUAACGAAACUCUCCCUGUUAUAAUUGCUGCAGGUCCCUCCUCACAUGAAGAAGAGAGCUUAAUUAAAAGAACUAGUAUAGUUGAUUCUUUUAAAGAGAUUCAAGGUGCAAAGAUAGUUGCUUAG